UAUCAGUGAGUGUCGUCUUUUGUUUUUUAAAUCUCUCGAAACCACAAAAGACGUGUUAUCUAUCAUGUUUUGAUUUUCGCAACAAAUUGCACAGAAAAUAAUUUCUCGUUCGAACACCGCUUUCGGAAAAAAAUAAUAAUAAACGACUAUUCCGUCACCUGUCGUCUGACGUUUAUUAUUAUUAUUAUUAUUAUUAAAUAUUAUUAUAUUGUCUUUUAAUUUCCGUCGUUGUAACCUACUUGCGAACGUCUUCACUUUUAAUUGUGUUUUUAUUGUUCCGAAACGACGUGUCAUUGCGAUUGCUCUAUCAGUGGAUUAUAUUUCAGUGUUUACCAACUCUUUUUGACUAUUGCGUUUUUCCUUCGCCCGCUACCUCCCUCGUGAAGAAAAGUCAUGAUUAAUUUCGUAAUACUAGUGUUACGAGUAUGAAGUGUACUGAGGACAUCUAAAAUGAAUGUCCCAUACAUGAACGACACUUUCAAUAUUAAUGAAUUAUCAACAGAACAACAAAAGUUGUUAAUUGAAAUUAGACGCCGUAAAGCCGAAUUAUUACUUGAAAUACAGCAAUUGAAAGAUGAAUUAUCCGAAGUUGUUGGUGAAAUGGAAAACAUGGAUUCUAACGAUGAUAGUAAAAACCAAACCAAAGCCAAACAAAUUUCAAUUGGUCGUAAAAAAUUUAACAUGGAUCCAAAGAAAGGAAUUGAAUUUCUUGUUGAACAUGGUUUAUUGAAUCACAAUGAAGCUGAUGUUGCAGCUUUUCUUUAUAAAGGAGAAGGAUUAAAUAAAACUGCAAUAGGCGAUUAUUUGGGAGAGCGAAACGAUUUUAAUGAAAGAGUUUUAAGAGAGUUUGUUUCUCUCCAUGAUUUUACCGAUCUCAUAUUGGUUCAAGCUUUAAGGCAAUUUCUUUGGAGUUUUAGAUUACCUGGUGAAGCACAAAAAAUCGAUAGGAUGAUGGAGUGCUUUGCUGAAAGAUAUUGUCAAUUAAACCCUAAUAUUUUUACCAAUACUGAUACUUGUUAUGUUUUAUCAUUUGCUAUUAUAAUGCUAAAUACAAGUCUUCAUAAUCCUAGUGUAAAAGAUAAACCAUCUGUUGAACAAUUUAUACAAAUGAACCGUGGUAUUAAUAAUGGUGGUGACUUACCUCGAGAACUUUUAAUAAGUCUUUAUGAAAGUAUUAAAACAGAACCUUUUAAAAUUCCUGAAGAUGAUGGAAAUGAUUUAAUGCAUACAUUCUUCAAUCCUGACAAAGAGGGAUGGUUAUGGAAACAAGGUGGUCGUUAUAAAAGUUGGAAGCGUCGAUGGUUUAUAUUAAAUGAUAAUUGUUUAUAUUAUUUUGAAUACACAACUGACAAAGAACCUCGAGGAAUAAUUCCUUUAGAAAAUAUUGAAGUACGGGAAGUAUCUGAUCGGCAUAAACCACACUGUUUUGAGUUAUAUGCUGCUCCUGGAACUACAGACUUCAUUAAAGCUUGUAAGACAGAUAGUGAAGGAAAAGUUGUAGAAGGUAAACAUACUGUCUAUAGAAUGUCAGCAGCAACAGCUGAAGAAAAAGACGAAUGGACAAAAUGCCUUAAACAAAGUAUUAGUCAUAAUCCUUUCUAUGAUAUGUUAGCUGCCCGAAAAAAGAAAGCACAAAAAAGCAGUGUUCAUGGUCGAAGCUAGCAUCAUUUAUUUCAACAUUUUAAACAGUAUUUGUAUGCAGUGGUGAAUUCAUGUGGAAACUUAAAAUACUGGAAAUUCAACAAAGAUCAAUUAAAUAAAACUUUCAAAUAAAAUAAUGAUACCCAAUCAAUUUUUUUUUUUUUUUGUAUCAAGUGGAUCAAAAUGAAAUUAGUGUGAUUGAACAAUAAUCAAUAUUUUUUAUUGAUUUGCACUUUAUUUUAUUAUGAAUGUAAAUUUUUGGUAUACCUUAUGGCAUCAUCACAUUUUUACUUUAAUAUAGCUAUCUACAUUUUCAUAACCUUUUGUUAGUUCA